AUGGUUGCCAAGAAACAAAUCAAUCUCCUCCGGGGCUGGCCCAACCCGGCUCUCCUAGCCAGCUCCGCUAUCCAAACCGCAGCCGCAAAAGCUCUAUCCGACCCCCAGGUCUCAACACCUGGAUUACUCUAUGGUCCUGAUCCGGGGUAUCAACCUUUGCGGGAGAGUAUCUCCAGAUGGCUAUCAGACUAUUACCGCAACCCGUCCCUUGGCCCCGCGGAAGCUUCGCACAAUGGCACAGGGGGUAACGGGGAUGAGGAUGAUGGGGACAGGAUCUGUAUCACGGGCGGCGCCUCCCAGAAUCUGGCUUGUUUGUUACAGGUGUUUACGGAUCCCUUGUAUACUCGGGUGUGGAUGGUAGCGCCUUGUUAUUUUUUGGCGUGUCGGAUUUUUGAGGAUGCGGGGCUCAGGACGAGGGCGGUAGGGGAGGGAGCGGAAGGGGUGGAUCUGGAGGCUUUGGAGAAGGGCUUGGAGGAGUGUGAGAGGGAAGCAAAUGCAGAGAAGAAGGUAGGUGUCAAACUGCCAAAGCCUUGGUCAAAAAUCUACCGCCAUGUAAUCUACGCCGUCCCCGCCUUCUCCAACCCCUCUGGUCGAACCAUGGCUCUCUCUUGUCGGCGCUCACUUGUCCAGCUUGCAAGAAAGUACGAUGCAUUAAUAAUAACGGACGAUGUCUAUGACUUCCUGCACUGGCCCACCUCCUCCCCCUCCUCGCAGCAUUUAACUAGAGCAAUACUUCCACGACUAGUAGAUAUCGACCGGACACUGGAGCCCGUGCCAGGGAAAGAAGACUUUGGCAACGCUGUGAGCAACGGAACGUUCAGCAAGAUUGCCGGGCCGGGUGUGAGGACUGGAUGGGCCGAGGCGACCCCGAAACUCAUAUAUGGAUUGAGCCAAUGCGGCUCAUCGCGCUCUGGAGGAGCGCCGAGUCAACUCACCGCCACGAUCAUAAACUCAUUACUGCAAAGCGGGGAUUUGGAAGAGCAUAUUGAGAAGGUACUAAAACCUGCUUUUACAAGAAGAUACAAUCUUAUGAUGUCGGCUAUCACGAGAAAUUUGACGCCACUGGGCGUGAAGGUUGAAGAGGGUAAGGUGGAGGGGAAGGAUAUCUUUGGGGGGUACUUCAUCUGGUUGGAGUUACCGGAGAAGGUGAAUGCGGAGAUUGUGAGUGAGAGGUGCAGGGAGAGAGAGAAUUUAGUCGUGGCGCCCGGGGAUCUAUUCGAGGUCCACGGGGAUGAGAGUAUAAAGUUUCAGAACUCACUAAGGUUGUGUUUUGCAUGGGAGGAGGAGGGAGAUCUCGAAGAAGGAGUGAAGAGGUUGGCGCGGGUUGUGAAAGAUGUUAUGGAAGGGAAGGGAGGGGAGAUAGGGGGAGGCCGAAUGAAGGCAUCGAAGCAGGAUCUGGGAGAGUUUAGGUGA